UUUAUUUUAUUUACAAAGAAGAGUAAGAGAGACGUCAUUUUUCUGCAACGGAGUCUGCAUUGCCAUAUAUGUGAAUUAACACAAGUAAAUGUCCAAUCAGUAUGUGAAGCAUCACGAUCAAGUACGUUUGUGGGGCUUUGAUAAUAAUGUUUUGUGUGAGCUUCACGUGUGUGGGGCUUUGUAAGCGUGUUUUUUCAUUCAAUAGUUCUGAUGACGCGUUUUCGUAAUCAAAACAUUCAGUUGUUUGAAAAUUACGAAGAAGUUUCUCAUCAUUUUUUUUCUUUUUGUAUUUGUUUUUCCUUUUCCAAUAAAUAAUUGUGCAAAGCUGCAUCUGCUUCCCUAUUUAAAGAGAGUGGACGUCUUAACUUUUAUCUUACUCAGAAUUGCAUACAUUUCUCUUCAAUUCAAUGGCAUUCCGUACUUCACCCUCUUCUUCGUCUUCUCUUUUUUCCGCUCCUAAAUGGUAUUACGAUGUAUUCUUGAGUUUUAGAGGAGAAGAUACUCGUAAUACUUUUGUUGCCCAUCUAUAUGCUGCUCUGAAACAUCUGGGAAUCCAUACCUACAUAGAUGAUAAAGAUCUCGAAAGAGGGAAGACAAUUUCACCCACACUUCUCAAAGUUAUUGAGGAGUCAAUGAUUUCUAUUAUUGUAUUAUCUUCAAAUUAUGCAUCAUCCUCAUGGUGUUUGGAGGAGCUAACACAGAUCCUUGAGUGUAAGAAAACAAAACAACAGAUUGUUCUACCAGUAUUUUACCAUGUGGAUCCGUCAGAAGUCCGAAAACAGGAAGGAAGUUUUGGAAAAGCAUUAGCUAAACAUCAAGAGAGGUUCAAGGAAGAUCCGAAGGUGCAGAGGUGGAAGGAAGCCCUACAAGAGGUUGGCAGUUUGGCUGGAGUACAUUUGGAAGACGGGAAUGAAUGUGAAUUUAUGCAUAAAAUCAUUCAAUGGGUGGACUCAAAAAUAGUUAAAUCUACAUACAAGUUAGACAUUGCUGAAUAUCCAAUUGGACUAGAGUCUCGUCUAAAAGACUUGAAUACUAAAUUAAGAAUUGGAAGGAAUGACAUUACACUUGUGAUAGGGAUUUAUGGAAUUGGGGGAGUUGGUAAAACAACUAUUGCCAAAGCAGUCUUUAACUCAAUUGGAAACCAAUUUGAAGAUAGAUGUUUUCUAGAAAAUGUUAGAGAGAUUUCAAGUCAAGAAAAUGGUCUGGUCAAAUUGCAAGAAAAACUUCUUCGUGCUGUCUUAGGAAACUUUGAAAGUUUUCAUAUUGGCAGUGUUGGAGCUGGUACUAAUGUUAUAAAGCAUAGGCUUUGCUCUAAAAGGAUACUUCUAAUUCUUGAUGAUGUGAAUGAGUCGUGCCAAUUACAAGGAUUAGCUGGAGAUAAAAAUUGGUUUGGUCCAGGAAGCAGAAUAGUAAUAACAACAAGAGAUCAACGUCUACUAACUUGUCAUAAUCAAGUUGAUUCAACGUACGAAGUGCAGGGAUUGGAUGACAACCAAGCUAUUCAGCUAUUUAGUUGGCAUGCAUUUAAAAGAGACAGGCCAGUUGAAAGUUAUGUAGAACUCACAAAACGUAUAAUAGAUUAUGCUAAGGGCCUUCCACUAGCUCUUACAGUGCUUGGUUCAGCUUUGUAUGAUAGAAAUAUAGAACAAUGGAAAAGUGCAUUGGAAAAGUAUGAAAUAAGUCCUCACAAGGAUAUUUAUGAAAUUCUUAAAAUAAGCUAUGACGGACUGGAGGAUGACAAUGAGAAUCCAAAUGAAGAUUUGGAAUUAGAGAAAGAUGAUGGGAAUCCGAAUGAAAUAUUUGGUAAGAGGCGUCGUGAUGAUGAAUAUGAUUGCAACGUGGAACCCAAUAGGUGCCCUCAACAAAAGAGGUCACAUUCUUCAACCAUGGGCAUCACAAUAACGGAACUAGAGAAUGAAGACCAGUAUCCAAAGGAAGAUAUGAAUUUAGAGCUUACACUUGGGUUGAAAUUAAAAAGUACAAUCUUCAAUUUUCUUUGCUGUUUGCUGCCUUCUUGAGAUAGGGAGAUGCAUGAACUUGAGAAGAUGGAAUCUGGACUGAACCAAACAUAUCACUAUCCAUGCUUCCAAACAAUUGUUCAUGUAGAAUUUUAUAGCUUUAAGUGUGGAUAAAGAAU